AUGCAGAGCCCACGUGAUCACAACAACAGCGUGCUUGAGUGCUUACCGGUGCUAACCGCUAACACAGUAGCAAGAAGUGGGAGUGACGUCGGCUGUGUGGCACUACAGCUGAUCGACAGGUCAAACCAGCGGAUGGUCCUGCUGGGAAAAUCAGGAACAGGAAAAAGCAGCCUGACCAACACCAUACUGGGAGAGGAUACAUUUAAGAUCAACCAUUCCCCCGUUCCUGGCACAAGUCUUUGCCAAGCAAAAUCCAAUUCUGUCAAUGGACGGAGCAUCACUUUGAUCGACACUCCUGGCUUCUUUGGAACAGGAAGGUCUGAUGAGGAGAUGAGGCCUGAAAUAGUGAGCUGUAUCACAGAGUGCGCUCCUGGGCCUCAUGCUUUUCUCAUUGUGCUUAAAAUGCAGAAAUUCACUGAGCAGGAGCGGGCUAUCAUUGCUAAAAUAUGCCAGAGUUUCUCAGAAGAUGCUCUUAAUUAUUCCGUCAUAGUCUUCACACAUGGUGACCAGCUUCCUGAAGGAAUGGAAGUCAAAGAUUUCAUUGGACAGAAUAAGAAUCUGAGUGAUCUGGUGAAGAAGUGUGGAGGUCGAUGCCAUGUUUUUGAUAAUAAAUACUGGAAAAGCGUUGAGAAAGACAGCUACAGAAGUAACCAAUUCCAGGUGGAAGAGCUACUCAAAACAGUAGACAAGAUGAUCGAGGUGAACGAAGGAAGCUACUACACCAAUGACACACUAAAAGAAGUGAGGCGUGAAAUACAGAGAGGGGAGGAGCGCAUCAGACAAACAUCAACAAACAUGUCGCAUGAAGAGAUUCAACAGAAGGCUAAAUUUGACAUUUUUAAUUGGUUGUUGAUCAGAUCAGCUGGUGUUGCAACAGGAGCAUUACUAGGAGCUCUGCUAGGGGCAACCUCACUGGUAUUAGAGGGAAAAGCAGGAGCUAUGUCAGAUGUUCUGUGCGGGAUGGGAAAGGGCGCUUUGAGAGGAUAUGAUGCAGCUGAAGGAGCAAAGAGUCCAGGGGAGGCUGUUCAGAGGACAAUGGAUGCUGUGAGGAAGGACAUUGGGGUACCAGGGAUUACAAACAACAAAUGA